UAAUCUUCAAUCUCGCAUUUCUGAUCGAGAACGAAGAUAAUGAACCAGAAUUAUUACACUGUUAUGAGUUUCUUGGAAAAAUGCAAAACCAUGAAGGAGUUGAAACAAAUUCACAGUCUGAUGAUCACAACUUCAGUCGUCAAGAACAUAAUCCCUUGCAGCAGACUUAUUGAUUUUUGCGCAAAUUCCGAAUUGGGUGACAUUGAAUAUGCGAGAACAGUAUUCGAUCAAAUUAAUCAGCGGACUGUCUACAUCUGGAACUCGAUGAUCAAAGGGUACUGCAAUGGCGGUGACAAGUUUGGAGCUCUGUUUAUGUAUGAAGAAAUGCAGCGUAAAGGCUUCUCCCCGGACCAUUUCACCUUCCCUUUUGUGUUGAAAGUUUGCUCCAUAAUCGAUCUUCUUGUGUAUGGACAAAGUGUUCAUAAUCGAAUCGUGAAAACUGGGUUUGAAUUAGAUGUGUACACUUCUUCUUGUUUGCUCAAUAUGUAUGUUUCUUGUGGAGAUUUGAAUUCUGGGCUUAAGGUGUUUGAGUUUAUUCCCAAAUGGAAUGUGGUCGCUUGGACUUCCUUAAUUGCAGGGUUUGUGAACAAUGAUCAGCCCAAAGAAGCUUUGAGAUUGUUCAAAGAUAUGGAGAAUGAAGGUGUGGAGCCUAAUGAAAUCACCAUGACCACAGCUUUGGCUGCAGCUGCUCGUUGCAGGGAUAUUCAUACUGGGAAACUGGUCCACGAUCGUCUUCGCCAACUUGGUUUUGAUCCAUUUGACACAAACUCCUGCUUCAAUGUAAUACUUGCAACUGCAAUCAUGGACAUGUAUGCAAAAUGUGGCAAGUUGGUGACUGCACGGAAUCUGUUUGAUAAGAUGCCUCAAAGAAACUUGGUUGUUUGGAAUUCAAUGAUCAGUGCUUAUAGUCAAUAUGGUCGAGGAGCAGAGGCUUUGCGUCUUUUCGUUGACAUGGAAAUGGCUGGGUUUGUUCCUAAUAAAGCAACGUUUUUGAGUGUGAUAAGUGCUUGCACCCAUAUGGGGUUUCGAUCAACAGGACGAAGUUUACAUGCUCGUGCGUUGAGAGCAAGUUUCCACGAGUUUGUUGCCAUUGGAACUGCUCUUAUGGACAUGUAUGCCAAGGCUGGAGAUGCAGAUACUGCAUUGAAGAUCUUCAGCAAGUUGAGGAAGAAAGAUGUAAUGGCGUGGACGACGAUGAUAUCAGGCUUAGCAAUCCAAGGCAAAGGCAAAGAAGCGCUGAAUGUGUUCAGAAGAAUGGAAGAAGAAGCUGAAGUUGCUCCUGACCAAAUCACCUACAUAGCAGUUCUGUGGGCAUGCAGCCAUCUCGGGCUGGUCGAAGAAGGUCAGAAACAGUUUACCUCCAUGACUGAGGUUUACGGUAUUGAGCCUACCAUGGAGCAUUAUGGCUGCAUGAUUGAUCUUUUGAGUCGUGCAGGCCACUCCAAAGAGGCCGAGGAGCUCCUGAUGAAAAUGCCAACGCAGCCUAAUGCAACAAUCUUGAGUUCUAUUCUGAAUGGUUGUGAAAUGUAUGGAAAUGUAGGUCUUGCCAACAGAGUGAAAAGUCACAUAGUAGAGUUGGAGAAUUCUAGUAGUGGUGUUUAUGUACUUUUGUCAAAUAUUCAUGCCAAAGCCUGUAAUUGGCAGGAAAUGAAGCUGGCUAGAGAUAUGUUGAAGCAUAAAAAUAUUGGGAAAACUCUUGGGAACAGUUUUGUUGAAAUAAAGCCUUAGUAGCUGAUGCAUGUAUUGGAUAACGAAAAUUCCAUUUCUGUUUAAACAAUUUUUUUUUUCUAAUACUACAUGUGAUCGUAUCCAGCAUCUGUUACAUUA